AUGGUCGUCGACACCGCAUACUACGACACGCUCGGCGUGCAGCCGACGGCGACGGAGCUCGAGAUCAAAAAGGCGUACCGCAAGCUCGCCAUAGUCCACCACCCGGACAAGAACCCCAACGACCCCAAGGCGCACGAGAAGUUCCAGGAGAUUGGCGAGGCGUACCAGGUGCUGUCUGACCAGGACCUGCGCAAGGCCUACGAUAAGUAUGGCAAGGACCACGCCAAGCCGACCGAGGGCUUCGCCGACCCGGCCGAGUUCUUCACCAGCAUCUUUGGCGGUGAUGCCUUUGUCGACUGGAUCGGUGAGAUCAGCCUCAUGAAGGACCUGACCGCCACAAUGGACAUCACGCUCAGCGCCGAGGAGCAGGAGGCCGAGGAGGCUGCCGCUGCCGCUGCUGCCGCAGGCGGUGCUGCUGGUGCUGCGGGCACCGCUGCCGGUACCAAGGAUGCAGAGUUCCCCGGCACUGAGGAGGCGACGAAGGAGAGCAUGAAGACGGGCGCGGCGACUGGCGCUGCCCCCGCCGCAGACCACAGCACCGGCGCGCCGGCACCGCCACCGCCGACGGUAGUAGUCGAAGAGGAAAAGACGGGCGCCACAGCACCUGCCGCGGCCGGGGCUGCGCAGCCCAGCCCAUCGCCGACACCAUCUCGCACAUCAACACCUGGACCGUCGGGCCGGUCAACGCCCGGAAAGCACGCAAUCCCGCUCCGGCCGGCGCUGAUGGACCGGCCGUCAGACUCGUCGGACGGGGCGCUGGGCGCGACGGAGGAGGAGAAGAACCUGCGGGCCAAGGGCAAGAAGGCGAGCCUGAGCAAGGAGCAGCGAGAGCAGCUGGCGGCGUACGAGCGGGAGCGGGCGCGGAUCCGACAGGAGAGGGUGGACACGCUGGCGCAGAAGCUCAUCGACCGCAUCAGCAUCUGGACCGAGACGGACAAGGGCCCAGACGUGACGGCGGCGUUCAAGGAGAAGACGCGGCUCGAGGUGGAGAACCUCAAGAUGGAGUCGUUUGGCCUCGACAUCCUGCACGCCAUCGGACAGACUUACGUGGCCAAGGCUACGAGCCUGCUGCGGAGCCAGAAGCUGUUUGGCAUCAGCGGCUUCUUCAGCCGGAUCAAGGACAAGGGCACCAUCGUCAAGGAGACGUGGAACACCAUCAGCUCGGCCAUCGAUGCGCAGCAGAGCAUGGAGGAGAUGGCGCGCGCCGAGGAGAAGGGCGGCGAGGAGUGGACCGACGAGAAGAAGAUGGAGUACGAGAGGCGAGUCACGGGCAAGAUCCUGACGGCCGCCUGGAGGGGGAGCAAGUUUGAGAUCCAGAGCGUGCUGCGCGAGGUGUGCGACGCCGUGCUCAACGACAAGAAGGUGCCGUUGGCCAAGAGGCUGGAGAGGGCUCAGGCGUUGGUGAUUGUCGGCGACAUCUGCGCAAAGGCUACACGAACCCCUGAGGAAGAGGGCGACUACAUGGCCUUUGAGCAGCUCGUCGCCGAGGCGGCCAUGAAGAAGGACAAGAAGGAAAAGGAAAAGGACAAGAAGGACGACAAGACCCAGGGCAAGAAGGACGACAAGUCGGCGGCCGCAGAGACCGCGGCAAACGCCCCCAAUGUCCCCGAGGCCGGCAAGUCGUAG